AUGUACUACUACCGAGACCAGCAGCAGACACAAGAGAUACUGAAAGUCGAGCGGCAAGAAUUGGAAGACUGGAAAGAAGCACUGGGUCCUGGACACUUCAUCGUGGGGGCCAAAAUGUCAGUGCUGUGUGAAAAGCUCGUCAACAUUGGUAUGCCGAACGAAGCACUCGCUCUAAUACAGGGCAUGUACGAUCGUUGCAAAGCCGUUUUAUCCCCCGAUCACGUUGCACUCGAUGGGUUACGAAAUUGGUUAGUCAAGGUACAUCUCUUGCAAGGCUGUGACACGGAAGCUCGUCAAUAUUUGUUCGAGCUGCGUCCAGAACUCAAGGACGAGAACAGCAGAGUCGAGCUUCUCGGAGGUGGGAGUGAUGCAGUCUUUCUGGAGAACUUCAACAUCUAUACCGGUCUAGCAAUUUUGGAAGACAUCACGAAUCGCCCCAACAGGGCAAAAGCGGUCUACAGGCUGAUUAUACCCCGAGUUUGCAAACUUCUUGGCGACCAAAAUUUGCGAUGCAUCAACGCGAAAUACAGUUUCGUCAUACAUUACGAGCGCCGAUGCAAAUAUCGGAAAGCGCUGGAAAUACUAGAUCCACUCUACAAGAUUACUGUCUCGAACUACGGAGAAACACACGAACAGUCUCUACUGAUCGUACAAAAGCGGUUUGAGCUCCAAGCUCGCCUGCGAACCUACAAAGGCGUCCCGUUUACCCGCAUAGGCGACUGGACAUGGUAUCAGUUAUGGUUCUAUAAAGAGCCUAUCGAAGUAGCUCAAGCAUGCCUCGGUAACGACCAUCCGUACACGAUAAUGGCUAUCAAUCGUGGUAUAGCUGCAUUGGCGGGGAAUCUGAGAUAUGAAGAGGCCGUUGAAUUAGCGAUUUGUGCCGUGGAUCUUGUAGAAAAAAGGUCGGGCAAGAACUCCCAUGCCGCGGAGUACCAACGCUACUCGCUCAAGCAGAUACAAAACACUGCAUACUUUCAUAAUUUAUUCCUUACCUGGGGUUCUUGGACUUUCCGGGCACCAGAGCCUGUACGCUUCAAGGGAAUAACGGUUUGGUGGAAACCCAGAAAGUUUGAACCCUUCAAACUUGAUCUGACACUGGAUCCGAAUUAUCGCGCAGACGACGUAACAACUUGA